GAGUUAUAUACACAAUCCGAACCCCUUCACAUCUCCUCAUACUCUCCAAUCCACCUCUACAAUAUGGCGACUCCAAUUUCCCUAACAGCGUGUGUUCUACACGGGCCCAAAGAUAUCCGCAUAGAAACAGUCCCGGCCGCCACACCCCUGGCACCUAACGAAGUAACCGUCCGCGUUACCUCCACCGGCCUCUGCGGCUCUGAUCUACAUUACUACAACCACUACCGCAAUGGCGACAUCCUGGUGCGCGAGCCAUUGAUCCUCGGCCACGAAUCAUGCGGCUACGUGACAGCCGUCGGCCCCGACGCCACAUCCCUACAAGUCGGUGACUUCGUCGCCCUCGAAGUCGGCCUGCCGUGCGGCACCUGCAACUUAUGCGCAGAGGGGCGUUACAACAUAUGUUCCGACCUCCGCUUCCGCAGCAGCGCGAAGAGCUGGCCCCAUUUCCAGGGUACCCUCCAGAGCGAGAUCAACCACCCCGCUGACAAAUGCUAUAAGCUCCCCCCAACCCUUGACCCCCGCCUCGGCGCCCUCAUCGAACCUCUCAGCGUAGCAAUGCACACCCACCGCCGCGCCGCGCUCCCCACAAACUCCACAAUUCUCAUCAUCGGUGCGGGAGCAGUUGGUCUCCUCUGCGCCGCCGUUGCUAAGGCGAAUGGCCACCGCGUCAUAAUCUCCGAUAUACAACCCCUCCGCAUAGAUUUCGCAACUAAGAACGCCUUCGCUGACGCUGGUUUCGUCGUCCCGCUCACGCCCCGUGGAGACGUGGCUGCAAACCUCGCAACGGCAGCGACGAUGGCAGGCGAGCUGAGAGAGAAAGCGAAGGAGUUGGGUGGGGUGGUGGAUGCGGUUAUGGAGUGUACGGGUGCGGAGGCGAGCUUGCAGACUGCGAUUUUGGCGGCUAGACCAGGCGGGAAGGUGAUGCUUGUGGGUAUGGGGACGCCAGUGCAGACACUGCCGAUUUCGGCCGCGGCGCUGCGGGAGGUGGAUUUGUUGGGUGUGUUCCGAUAUGCUGGGGUGUACAAGGAGGCGGCGGAGCUAGUUAGUGAGGGAAAGAGUGGGUUGCCAGACUUGACUAAGUUGGUUACACAUCAAUAUACCGGGUUUGGGGGCGUGAAAGAUGCGUUUGCUAUGGCGGGGCAGGCGGUGGAUAAGGAUGGAAAGUUGGUGAUUAAGGUUGUUAUUGAAUUCUCGAAGGAAAGGGGAACAGGGGGGUCAGAGGGGAUGUGAGUGCAUGUAAAAUCCGGCUGGUUUGGGAAAAAAGAUAUAUACAUGGCCAUAUACAUAAACCCUGCAGAACCGGGGUUGAAUAAAUAUAACGUAUUUCACGG